AUGGCGGAGUCAUUAAGUUUGCAGAGAGAUAUUAAUAGAGUGUUGGAGUUGUUGGAAAUACUUCAGAGAUGUCCUGAAAUACAACCGUCAAAGUUGGCAGCCCUACAGCGCAUACUGCAGUCAGACUUUUGCGACAUGAUUCGUGAAGUUUAUGAGCAUAUAUAUACAACUGUUGAUAUUAAUGGGUCGGAAGAAGUGAAAGCAAGUGCAACAGCCAAAGCUACUGUCGCAGCUUUUGCUGCAAGUGAAGGACACGCUCAUCCACGUGUCAUAGAACUACCAAAAACUAAUGAAGGUCUAGGUUUCAAUGUUAUGGGUGGUAAAGAACAAAAUUCACCUAUUUACAUAAGUCGAAUUAUUCCUGGUGGUGUUGCAGAUCGUCAUGGUGGUUUAAAACGUGGUGAUCAAUUGCUAUCAGUAAAUGGGAUUUCUGUGGAGAGUGAACAUCAUGAAAGAGCUGUUGAACUUUUGAAAUUAGCACAAGGUACUGUGAAACUUGUAGUAAGAUAUACACCACGUAUUCUUGAAGAGAUGGAAGCACGUUUUGACAAGCAAAAAGCUCGACGUCGGCAACUUAGUUAA